UUGGGAAGAAGAGACUCUGCAAUCAUCAUAAUCAUCAUUGUUGGCUAUUCAUUCAUUCGUGUUCCUCAGGAGAGAGAGGGUGCGUGUGAUUCGGAUUCGAAUUCGAAUUAGGGUUUUGCGCAUCGUCAUCGAAUUUUUCUCUUAUGCAAGGAAGGUUUUCCUUCUCCGAUUUGAAUUUGAUUGAACGAGUAGUGUUAAGAUUAUGAUAUUUUUUGAGAAGCUUCGUUUCUCUCCUCACUUGAGCCGCUUCAUUGCCGGCAUCCUCCUGUUAAUCUUCUGCAAUUCAUUCCAGUUAGUCUCUAAUUUCCCCAUUCCUAUACAGCCUUAGAUUCAACGUCGAUCGCUACACUCUUCUCUCCGAUUCGUACGAUUCCGUAUUCGAUAUUCGUUUGUUUGAUUCACUCCUCCUCUCUCUCGCUUUCGAUUCGUUGGUGAUUGUUGCUUGAACAAUUAAACAUGGAACCUAAUCAGCUCUUCUCCACGCAUUUCCGCGAUGGUACUAUUGCCUCAUGCAUUGAGGGCCAACACAGAGGAGCUAUCCCUUCCGUUAUUGUGAUUGGUGCUGGAAUAUCUGGACUUGCUGCAGCACGAAGUCUCCACGAUGCAUCAUUUAAGGUGACUGUACUGGAGUCACGAGAUAGGCUUGGUGGUCGCAUUCAUACUGACUUCUCAUUUGGUUGUCCAGUUGACAUGGGAGCCUCAUGGCUACAUGGAGUUUGUAAUGAGAAUCCAUUGGCUCCAUUGAUUCGUGGCCUGGGGCUUUCAUUAUAUCGUACCAGUGGUGAUAACUCUGUCUUAUAUGACCAUGAUUUGGAAAGUUAUAUGCUUUUUAACAUUGAUGGUAAGCAAGUUCCACAACAGAUGGUCAUUGAAGUUGGAGACAUCUUUAAGAAAAUUCUGGAAGAGACAGGGAAGGUGAGGGAUGAGCAUACCGAGGACAUUUCAGUUUCCCAAGCUAUUUCAAUUGUGCUAGAUAGGCACCCAGAACUAAGGCAACAAGGACUUGCCCAUGAAGUGCUACAAUGGUUUAUAUGCAGAAUGGAAGCUUGGUUUGCUGCUGAUGCAGAUAUGAUUUCACUGAAAACCUGGGAUCAGGAACAUGUCCUGUCUGGUGGUCAUGGACUCAUGGUGCAAGGAUAUGAUCCAAUCAUAAAAGUUCUUGCAAAAGAUAUUGACAUAUGCUUGAACCAAAGGGUGAAAAAGAUAUCUAGUGGUUACAACAAGGUAAUGGUCACGGUUGAGGAUGGCAGGAACUUUGUUGCUGAUGCUGCUAUCAUAACUGUUCCUAUUGGAAUCCUAAAAGCCAAUUUAAUUCAAUUUGAACCAAAACUUCCUGAUUGGAAGGUUUCAGCAAUUUCAGACCUUGGUGUGGGCAAUGAAAAUAAGAUUGCCCUAAGAUUUGACAAAGUAUUUUGGCCUAAUGUAGAACUCUUGGGCACUGUUGCUCCGACCUCUUAUACCUGUGGCUAUUUUCUCAAUCUUCACAAAGCAACAGGCCAUCCUGUUCUUGUCUACAUGGUAGCUGGAAGGUUCGCUUAUGACAUUGAGAAGCUAUCUGAUGAAGCAGCCGCAAAUUUUGUAAUGCAACAGCUCAAGAAGAUGUUUCCAAAUGCUUCUAAGCCAGUUCAGUAUCUUGUGUCUCGAUGGGGAACGGAUCCAAACUCUCUUGGAUGUUACUCGUAUGAUUUAGUUGGAAAACCACUCGAUGUGUAUGACAAGCUUCGUGCACCUUUGGGCAAUCUAUUCUUUGGGGGAGAAGCUGUAAGCUUGGACAAUCAGGGAUCUGUGCAUGGAGCUUACUCAGCUGGGGUCAUGGCUGCAGAAAAUUGUGAGACCUAUCUUUUAGAAAAACUAGGCCACGCAGAAAAGCUAUCUCUAGCUUCUGUUAGGCAUGAAAUGCUUGAAACUCUUAUACCUCUUCAGAUCUCGAGGAUGUGAUUUGUUGGUUCUCAGUAGUAGCUUUUAGACAAUGAUUCUGGAUAACGCAAUGGCAAAAUAUUUGCCAUUCAAUAUAAUAAAGAAAUAACUGUUCUUUAAGGAUGGUGAAUUGGUGAUUGGUGACUAUCAUCCAAGUAACACCAUUUUCACUCAUUGGGGUCGAAUAGCUUUUUUUUAUCCUUUUUUCAUAAGCUCGGCUUAUUAAGGUGUAUGUACCUUGGUCCAUCUUAGUAACAGUGCAUGUAAGACCAUAUCUAUUGUGAUCCCCACAAUUCUGUAACGUGGGGGUGCCCUACUUGUAGGUAGCUUCUCAACAUUUCCUUAAACAGCAUCUUGGCAUACAACAAUGUGCUUUCUUUCCUUAGGCUAGUUUGUUUGUUUGCCCUUUCUA